CGCUGACGCUGUACAAUCGCACACUGUCCUUGCUUGCUGGAAGAGGAUUCUGAUAUUUUCCAGGGUAAUUAGCAUUCCAGAAUCAUUCUGACUGUUUACACAGGAGUAAACACGCAGGAGAUAGACGCAUGCCUAUGGACCGCAGAUAUUGCCGUGGUGUAUGCGCUAUCGGUGUCUCAUCUGUUUUGUAGUUAACGUUAGAUACAGCAGCGUUUGAAACACACAUUAAAAUGGCCACAGACGAGCUGUCGUCAAAGCUCAGCCGUCGGCUGCAGAUAGAAGACGGUGCCGAGGAACCGGUGGCCGUUGAUGAGGGUGGUCAGGGACAUGAAAACGGAGCGGGUGAGGAGAAGGCAGCCACGGCGAACGCAGACUCUGAGUUGGGCGCUAAACUCAUGCGGCGGGGGGAGUUGAACGACGGAGUGGGUGAACACCAUCAGCCGAGCAUGAAGGUCUUCAACCCCUACACUGAGUUCAAGGAAUUCUCCAGGAAACAAAUCAAAGAUAUGGAGAGAAUGUUCAAACAGUACGACGCGGGGAAGGAUGGCUUUAUAGACCUGAUGGAGCUGAAGCUAAUGAUGGAGAAGCUGGGGGCACCACAGACCCACCUGGGCCUGAAGAACAUGAUCAAGGAGGUGGACGAGGACCUGGACAACAAGCUGAGCUUCAGAGAGUUCCUCCUGAUCUUCAGGAAGUCGGCAGCAGGGGAACUAGCAGAGGACAGCGGUCUCAGUGUUCUGGCUCGGCUAUCAGAGAUUGACGUGUCCACUGAGGGAGUGAAGGGAGCCAAGACCUUCUUUGAAGCCAAAGUGGCGGCCGUCAACGCGGGCAGCCAAUUCGAGGCGGAGAUCCGGCAGGAGCAGGAGGAGAAGAAGAAGCAGGCGGAGGAGAAGAAGCAGAGGCAAGCCGCCUUCAAGAACCUCCAGUCGGCCUUUAAAUGACCACCUCUUCCUCAGCCCCUACUGUCCCACCUCCACUGUCCGUCUGUCUGUCCACUUUAUCAGUGUCCCGGUGAUUUUUCUGCCUCCAUUUUGAAAUCUGGUCAUAUGCAAGGCGCUGGUAGUCUGUCCAGGGUUAGUCCCUGAGAGCGGAGCAGUUCUAUUCUGCUGAUUCCCCAUUGAUUUGACCUGACAAGUAACAAAAGAACUACACAUUCAGGGUAGUGCAGAGACCGUUUUACUCUUCUUGUCAUGUUGGGUAGACAAAUAUUCCGUUGCUCCUCUAAGUCCGGCACUGAUUUUAGGCCAUAGCCAUGCCAGAAAAGAAGAUGCAAUGGAUUGGAUACAUGAUGUGAAUAGAUCUGUGAUGCAAUGUCUCUCCUGUAGAUUAUACGGUUAUGUGCCACUAGCGUAGGUCUGGAUUUUAGCUCUGUGUUUUUCUGUAGUGACUGAGGGAACGUGAAUAAAAAUAGGAAUGCAUUUUUAGUGAUGUGAUGUUGUGAACAAUUAGGAUCGCAUUUUAACAGAACGUUAUUUACUUACCAUUGAUUCCAGUGAAUCGGAAUUGUGAACGUGUGUUCUGAAGAGGUCUUAUCCAAUCCAUUGUGUUACUUGGUACCAGUGAUUUUGAGCUACACAUGUCAUUUCCUGUAGGAAGUCUUCUCAAAGACACAAGUGUUUGUCCUAUACUGUGAGAGAAUCUGUGCACACUUAUUUCCAGACCUUCAAUCACAUUCUAGAAGAGUAGAUCGGGGGGGCAGGGGGGAGGCAAAUGGUGGCGGAGAACCGUUCUUCCAUGUACCUGGUCCUGGGGUACCCCUGUGUAUGUUUGUUCAUUCUUCUGUCUUAGCCUGGUUUUUGAGGACAAUUGCCAGUUAGAUUUCUUGCAAAACCAAACACAUACAGGGCUGCUAGAGGACUUGGGGUUCUGUAACAAUGGUCGACCACUCGCCCCUGCUUGGGUUUUACUGCAUGAGCCUUGCUUGUGACUAGUCAGUAUCCAACAAUCCCAUAUUGUCAAAGCUUUGCUUAUGGCUUGAAACUAAGUACAUUUAUGCUCUUGACAUCAAAUAAAUGUUUGCUCAAAGCAACAAGCUGUCAACUAGACACAAACCCUUUGAGCACAUGGCAAUACUCUGAGGUGAAAAUAUGCUAUCUGUAGUGAUGUAUACCUUCACCUUUGACCUAUAGACUGAGGUUGCAAUAUAAAAUGUGUGGCAUUCUAAUGCUCUGUAGCAUAGCCAUUUACUAUCUAUCAUUUUGGAACAUAGUUUGAGAUAUGCAAUCAAUUUGGCCUUUUCAAAGGGUUGACUUACAGAGCUUUGAUAUGCUUAAAUUAAACCUUGUUUAAUGCAAACGCAGCUGUAGCUUUAUUAAACAGACUAAAUUCUAAUAAUUUAUUAAUCGAUUUAUUGGACAGGGGUAUAAAGUAGUCUGUUUGGUCAUAUCAUUCAUGUACCCUUCCAGGAAAUGUAAUGCAUUUAACUCAACCUAGCUACUUUAAAAAGGACCAGAAUGGGAGUUUAACAUUAAAAUGAGGGAAAUGGUUGUAAGUUUUCAGCAUAAGUUUGCGAGCUUCCAACGUAGUGUUAUUAAAGGGUAUCAACGGGUGAUAUCUGGCAGCACGUCACAGUACAACUGAGAGGUUCUAUGUAAAGAAUACAAUAUUUUUUCAUGACAAUAUACAUUUAAAAAAAAGUGCUUUUAGUUUUGUAUGGUGAGGGGUUCUGUGAAAUGUUCUGCAUUAUGUACACAAGCAGGUCUCCUGGUAAAAAAAUAAAUAAAAAGGUGUGUUCACUGGUUACUACA